UGGCUAUAUAUAGCCACUGAGCUGUCUCUCUCCCCUCUCCCUCUACAUAUCUCUCCUCGCAAAAUACCGCCCGACUUCUCUCUCUCCAGACUUAUCUGAAGCAGUGCACUGCAGGUGUAGCUGCUGCAGAGUGCAGAGUAGUUACUUAGUUAACGGUUUUUUACUUCGUUUCAGCCCAUUUUGUCCUUCCCCUUCUGUUGAAUUUACUUUUCGAAGUGAUACAGAGGGAGACAAGAAUAAUUAAUCAUGAUUAGCUGGAAGGAUCUGUACACCGUUUUAACGGCGGUGAUUCCUCUCUAUGUUGCCAUGAUAUUGGCCUACGGCUCUGUGCGGUGGUGGAAGAUUUUCAGCCCGGACCAGUGCUCCGGCAUCAACCGGUUCGUGGCGAUAUUUGCUGUGCCGUUACUGUCUUUCCAUUUCAUCUCCACCAACGAUCCUUACGCCAUGAAUUUCAGGUUCAUUGCCGCCGAUACGCUUCAAAAGAUUAUAAUGCUUGUCGCUCUUGGUAUUUGGACUAAUUUCACAAAAAAUGGAAGUUUAGAAUGGAUGAUUACAAUUUUCUCUUUGUCUACUCUUCCAAACACUCUGGUCAUGGGCAUUCCUCUGUUAAUCGCCAUGUACGGCGAGUACUCCGGUAGCCUCAUGGUUCAGGUGGUGGUUUUGCAGUGUAUCAUUUGGUAUACUCUUCUUUUGUUUCUUUUUGAGUACAGAGGAGCCAAGAUGUUGAUCAUGGAGCAGUUCCCUGAAACUGCAGCUUCCAUUGUUUCGUUCAAGGUGGAUUCUGAUGUUGUUUCCUUAGACGGCAGAGAUUUCUUGGAAACGGAUGCUGAGAUUGGUGAUGAUGGGAAGCUACAUGUGACGGUGAGGAAAUCGAAUGCUUCUCGGCGAUCUUUGGGCCCUGGUUCUUUCUCUGCAUUGACUCCUCGUCCGUCGAAUCUUACUGGAGCUGAGAUAUACAGCUUGAGUUCAUCGAGAAAUCCAACCCCUAGAGGAUCUAAUUUUAACACUUCCGACUUGUAUAAUAUGAUGGGAGUUCAGGGAUUCCCUGGCGGAAGGCUAUCAAAUUUUGGCCCAGCAGACUUGUAUUCUGUACAAUCUUCAAGAGGUCCAACGCCUCGGCCCUCAAAUUUUGAAGAAAAUUGUGCUCCAGUGGCUACAAUUUCUUCUCCGAGAUUCGGGUUUUAUCCGGCGCAGACAGUACCAUCAUCUUACCCAGCACCAAAUACAGAAUUUUCUUCAACAGUCUCCACAAAGAACACCAAGAAUCAUCAGCAGCAGCACCAGCCUCAACAGCAGCAACAAAAUUCGAAAGCAAACCAUGAUGCUAAGGAGCUGCACAUGUUUGUGUGGAGUUCCAGUGCGUCCCCGGUCUCCGAUGUAUUUGGCGGGAAUGAUUUCGGAGCAUCCCAGCAAUCUGGCCGGUCAGACCAGGGAGCCAAGGAGAUCAGAAUGUUAGUUGCUGACCACCCACAAGAUGGGGAAACCAAAGCCAUUGCACAUGCUGGAGAAUUUCCUGGCGAAGACUUUAGUUUUGCUGGUAAAGGAGAAGGAGAAGAGAAAGGGAGAGAAAAAGAGGGACCCACUGGACUUAACAAGCUAGGGUCAAGCUCAACGGCGGAGCUCCACCCAAAGGCCGCCGGAGCACCAGAGUCUGGAGCCAACAAACAUAUGCCUCCGGCGAGCGUGAUGACCCGUCUGAUAUUGAUCAUGGUUUGGCGCAAAUUGAUUCGGAACCCAAACACAUACUCCAGUCUCAUUGGCCUGGUCUGGUCUCUAAUUUCUUUCCGGUGGCAUGUGGCUAUGCCUAAAAUAAUAGAGAAGUCGAUCUCCAUACUGUCUGAUGCUGGCCUUGGAAUGGCUAUGUUCAGCCUCGGUCUGUUUAUGGCUUUACAACCGAAGAUAAUUGCGUGUGGGAACUCCGUGGCUUCAUUUGCCAUGGCUGUUCGUUUCCUGACUGGUCCUGCAGUGAUGGCUGCAGCUUCAAUUGCUGUUGGGCUGCGUGGUACUCUCCUCCAUGUCGCUAUUGUUCAGGCUGCACUACCACAAGGAAUUGUUCCAUUUGUGUUUGCCAAGGAAUACAAUGUCCAUCCUGCCAUUCUUAGCACUGCGGUUAUCUUCGGAAUGUUGAUAGCAUUACCGAUUACCCUUGUCUACUACAUUCUCCUUGGAUUGUGAUUUUUCUGAGUGGUAUCCCAAAAAUAGAGCAGAAAUGAAGAGAAUUUUGAUUGCUGAUGAUAGUGUGUCACACUUGGCUUGGCUUAGCAGCAUUGAUUGGGCCAAAAAUAGGUUGGUAUUGGAGAAGGAUUUCCAGAUGAAAGAAGAAUUCAAUACAAAGAAAUUUUCCAAAGGUUCCAGAAUUCUUGGAGCUAAAAAAAUAUUUUAGCUUAAUUGAAAGCCCUGAUAUAAGGAUCAUGCACCCAUUAGGAGCCAAAGUUUGUUCAAUUUUUUAAGGUUUGGAAAGUAACAAAAGAAUUAAUUGAAGGCCGUUGUUCAUAAAGGAGACAUGAAAGAGGAAAACAAGGGCAAAAGAGAUAAGGACCAUCUUCAUCGAUAAUCUUAAUUCUCUUCAUUUCCAUUAGUUCAUCAUGUAAAGUCUGAUUUCAAUAUUAACUCUUCCCCAUCUGCUGCAAAACGAAAAUGAAAAAAAUCAAUGAAUUGGAUCAGAAGAUAAAAAGAGAAAAAGAAAAAGGUUUUUUUUUUUUUAAAAAAAAAAAUUUCUCUAUUGCUAUAUUAGUUUAAUUUGUUGCUAGUGCUUGCCUUUUGAUUGUACGUAGAACCGCCAAUUAUUUGCGUUUGUCUUCUUCCUUUAGUUUGUAAUUUGUGUAGGAUUUUUAUGAUAAAAAAGGGUCUUUAGUCA